AUGAGCCGGAAAUUCACAGACAGUGAAAUACGGGCUUACUCCAAGAACAGAUAUGAAGAGAAGGUGCUGCGACUAAAACUGGGCAAACUGAAGGAGGACAUGGGUAUAUUCCAUGAUGUCUCAUCUAAACAACGCCAGAACCUCGUGGAUGAAUGCAAGGAGAUACGAAUGACCACUGGCGGAAGCCCUGUUCCGAAAGAGCUUUUGAUAGGCACACCCUUCGACUUUUCGAGUCGGGUCCAACGCCCAUGGGCGUACAGUGUCAUGGAAACAACAUACAACAUGGCGUACAAAGAUGCUACAAUUCCAGUUCCCAAACUAAAACGAAGAAAAUCGGAAUCCGAUUCUGUUAGAUCAAUGCCACGAUCAGCCAGAUCUAUGUUUGAGAUGAGAACCGCGGCACGUGAAAAUCGUGUCCAUUCUUCAAAGAGUUACGCCUCCUCGAAACGCUCACAUAUAACAAGUUUUAGUGACAGCGCAAUAAAGAAUGUGGCACUCAUCAGCGACUUCCCUAAUAAAUUCAUGUGUAGUUCACGAGGGGAGGAAAGUAAAGGCGCCUCCGGGAUGCCGCCAAUUGAUGCUAAACUAGGUUCAAUUAAAGAGGACCAUAACCAGGUAUUUCAGAGUCCGAAUAUUACGGUCGACCAUAUAGACACUCAGAAUAAACAAUCUCCAGAUACAGAAAAACGAGAAAAAAACAAUAUGGAAAGUAAAGAAGAAAUUAAUCCCAACAACUUGUUUGUAAAGCCGGUCAGACCAGAAUCCCGAAUUUAUGGGGCACCGAUUGCUCUCCCACCUGCUUAUAAAAUUGAUUCAAAAGAUUAUCAAGACGCGGAACGGACACGAGCCAUUAACAGAUCCAAGUCACGUGUGAGUUUUUCCGCAUCUCAUGUUUCAAACGAUUCAGGUAACAAGGACGCACACAAACCUAAAUCUGCUUCCUCGGAAAAGUUAGCUCCACAAAGUGAGCCAAGCAAAACUGGUUCAUCAGCUGUUUCUGAGCAAGGAGAUAGUGAAGAGAUCCACCAUGACGAGUCAAAGGGUAGAACCCAUAUCAUGACUCUUGACCCGGACACCAUGCAGGAUGCUAACUUAAGAAACUUGGAGGACAUUUACUAUAAAGGUCGUCGACUGCGGAACUAUAUCAAGCCGGAAGAACGGUAUAAAAUUGACCCGAUCGUCAUGCAAAGACGACAACAGAAAAUGGACAAACUAGCCAAGGAGAGUUUAACAUUUUUGAAACGAGUGAAUCACGAGAACAUCAAAGUAGAUAUAGCGUUUCCGAGGUCUGCUCGACGCCGAAUUUUGACGAAACUAGUGCAAGAAAAUAACUCGAAUAAAAGUAAAAAGGUUAGUAACGAUGACAGCUUUGACAUGAAGAAGAAGAUCGACUAUUUUAUGGACUCGAUUUCAGAAUAUUUACGCAAACAACAUCUUCAGAGAGAACAUACUUUUUAA